GUUGGAGCGUGUGGAUCAAACAUGCUCAACUUGCGUAAUAGAUGAUCAAAUUGGCAUUUGCCAAGAGUUUUAAGGAGUGUUUGGGGUUGCUUAAAAAAAACACUUUUCAGCUUUUGGUUUAAAAAAAGUUGAAAAGAGUGUUUUCAAAUGACAGCUUCUGCUUAAAUUAAUCACUUAAAAGCUAAAAGCUGGAAGCAGGUAGAAGGGUGCUUUAAACUGCUUUUCACUUUUUCUAUUACACAAAAAGUACUUAUUUUACCAAACACUAACAACUUUUACUUUUUCAGAAUCACUUUUUUCUCAAACACUACCAACUUUUACUAUUAAUCACUUUUCCCAAAAUCACUUUAAAAAAUCACUUUUUUAAAGUCGAAGCAAUCGCAAACACUCCCUUAGUAAAGAUGUCUGCCAGUUGUUCAGUAGUAGAGACAUGCUUGGCCGAAAUCAGGCCUUCCUGUAGGGCAUCCCGAAUAUAAUGACAGUCCACCUCAAUGUGCUUGGUGCGUUCAUGAAAUACCGGGUUAUGAGCGAUAUGUAAUGCAGAACGACUAUCACAAUAUAAUGAGAUAGGUCGGGGGUGAGCAAUGUCAAAGUGAAGCAGAAGACUUUUUAGCCACUUCAAUUCCGCAGUAAUAGCCGCCAUAGACCGGUACUCAGCUUCAGUAGAGAAACGAGAUACAAUGUGUUGUUUCUUGGUCUUCCAAGAAAUGAGAGACCCGCCAAGAAAUACCAACCAUCCUGAAAGAGAACGUCGAGUGAGUGAACAACUAGCCCAAUCAGAAUCACACCAUCCUGUAAGUGUCAGAUCACCAGAGGAACGUAGUAGAAUUCCCUGUCCAGGAGACCCUUUGAGGUAACGUACAACCCGAAGAGCCGCAUGUCAAUGUUCUUGUCGUGAGGCCUGCAUAAACUGAGACAAAAUAUGAACGCUAAAUCCGAGCGAGUGAAAGACAGAUAAAUAAGACGGCCAAUCUUUGAUACCUAACAAUUUUGCAAUAAUUCCCUAUAUAUACACUAUCGUAUUUCCGUAUAGGACCAAAAAACAUGUUAGAAACUAAAAUAUGAAAGUGACCACCAGAAAUUCAACAAUAAAGUCGAUGGCCUGACAUUCAAGGUGAACGCAUUAACUAAAAUAAAAAAAUGGAGAACCCUCCUCCUCUGCUCAUCCUCGUACCGGCGUCCUUCGGUGCCGCUUUUCUACUCUUCGCCGUUAUCCACAGAAUUUCCCGGCGAAACAAAUACGUGGGCCGAAAAGUGCCCGAAGCGGGCUUCGCAUGGCCCAUAAUCGGCCAUUUCCACCUCUUCGCCGCCAACAAACGGCCCACUCACCACAUCCUCUCCGACAUGGCCGACAAAUACGGCCCGAUAUUCCGUCUGAGGCUCGGCGCGCGUGAAGUCGUGGUCGUGAGCAACUCCCAGAUCGCCAAAGAAUGCUUCACCGUCAACGACGCCGCUCUCGCGGGCCGGCCCGAGUCCAUUGCGGGCGAGCACUUCAGCUCCAACUACGCGGCUUUCGCGCUCGCCCCGGCCGGCCCGCUUUGGCGGGAAGUCCGCAAGGUCGUCGUACUCGAGCUGCUGUCCACGCGCCGCCUCGACGCGCUCAGGCGCGUGAGGCAAUCCGUGAUGAAAACAUCAGCCCAAGAAAUCCACCGGAGCUGGCUGGCGGCCGGCCAGAAAGGGAAGUCCGGUGAGGUCGCCGUCACGCUCGACAUGAGCGAGUGGUACUGGAAAUUCGUCAUCGGAACGAUGUUCCAGGUACUCUUUGGGAAGCUGCACGAGGAAGAGUGGAGCCGGGCGGCGGCGACGGUGGACAGAUUUUUUAGCCUUUUGGGUGCGUCGGUGGUGGGUGAUUACCUGCCGUGGCUGAGAUGGAUGGACAUCGGAGGAUAUGAGAAGGCCAUAAAGGAGGCUGCCAAAGAGAUGGACGAUCUUAUGGAAGGCCUUCUUCAAGCACACAAGAGGGAAAAGGCUGGUAAAUCAAAGGAGGAAGAAGAUUUCAUGGAUGCAAUGAUUACCCACUUUAAUUGCAACAUGGAAAUUGCAAAUGGAUUUGAUGCUGACACAGUUAUCAAAUCAACUUGUACGAGCACAGGUCGGCGGAAAUCAGAAGGCGCAAGGAAGAAGAUGUAAUGACCCAAACCAAAAAUAAAAGGGAGGAGGCCACAUCAGCAAUAAUAAAGGAAGGGCACGUGACUGAAGGUGCGGAAAGCGUGGAUAUGCGGAGGAGUAACAGAAUAAGGGCCACUAACACAAGACUGAAGGAUUACAUCUGGCAGAAGAAUCAAUAUAAAAACUAGUUUGUUAGAAGAAAGGGAUAUGAAUGGAUUUACUGGAAACUACUUCUUCUCUCUUCUAGUUUCAGGCCUCCAUUCAUCAACCAUAAAUAAAUUCUUAUUACUGUUGAAUCCUAGUUUACCAAUCUGGAAACUGUAAUAAGAUUAUACGGAUAUUUCUGAGUUGG